GAUUCAUGGAAAAAUGUCUGGUUUCAUUUCUAAUCCUUUUCCGGCUAGAAGGUAUUUUGUUUAAAUGCGUCUCCUAUUCAUCCUGUAAUGUUACAAUGUUAGAUCAUUCAAAAUUGAGCGAGCAGUCAGUAAAGUAGUUAGUUUGUGAAUAUCCGUGUUCAGUUUAUGUCCUAGAAAUACUUAACCACAGAACCAUGAAGUCGCUAUUCCUAUUCUUACUAUCGCUCCCAUCGUUCGGCUCGCAGGUCCUGGACGCCCAGAACCACUGGAAGUGCAUCUGCGUCCCCGAAAACAUGUGCGCCGAUUCCGACUACGGAGACGACAACCUGGACGUUAGACUGGAGGAGUCCACGUGCGAAAACUACUUCGACGUUUGCUGCGAAAACCCCAUCAACGACAUACCCAAGCAACCCCCUACAGACGCCAAACUAUUCAAAGGAUGCGGCCUGAAAAACCCCAUCGGCCUCUCGGGGCGCAUAACGUCCGACUCACAGCUGGCCCAAUUCGGCGAGCUCCCCUGGACCGUGGUAAUCAUGGAGAGGAACCUACUUAAGCCCGAUACGAACAUGUACAGGUGCGGAGGCAGCGUGAUCCACCCCCAGGUGGUCGUAACCGCCGCCCAUUGCGUGAUAGGAAUCGAUCAAACGUUGUUAACGGUAAGGGCGGGAGAGUGGGACACGAAAUCCCUCGACGAGCCCAUACCCCAUCAAGACGCUUCAGUUGGAGAAGCCCUGAUACACCCCAACUUCCACAGCAGAUCCCUCAGGAACGACAUAGCUCUUCUGUUUUUGGCGGCGCCCUUGGAAUUGAGGGAGAACGUUGGCGUGAUAUGCCUACCCCCGCAGGGGUUUAGCCUGGACAGCGCCAUGUGCACGGCCGGGGGCUGGGGGAAGGACACCUUCAAAAGGGGCAAACAUUCCUCCAUACUCAAAAAAGUCGAUUUACCGUUAGUCGAGCGAUCGCGGUGCUUGACGGCCUUGAAGAAAACCAGGCUGGGCGCCUUCUACAAGCUGCACUCCAGCUUCAUAUGCGCCGGCGGCGAGGAGAACAAGGACACUUGCAAAGGGGACGGGGGCAGCCCGCUGGUGUGCCCCGUGCCCGGAGGGCCCGGCCGCUUCUUCCAGAUGGGGAUCGUGUCGUGGGGCAUCGGUUGCGGCGACAGCGACACCCCCGGCGUUUAUGUCAACGUUCCGGCGUUCUCCAACUGGAUCGACAUGCAGUUGAUUGCUAGAAGUUUGGAUCCCUCCGUUUAUAAAUUCGGUAUAUUUUAAUAUUGACAAGUGUAGUUAGAUCCUUGUAGAAUACCUACAAUUUUUGUUUUAUUGUAAUAUUUAUAAUGUCCGGCUGUUUCGCGCAGAUCAUGUAUCUAGCUAUAUUUAUAGCACUGUAGGUAUACACAACGGGGAUUAAACUAUUUCUAUCGCUCUGUA